UAAAAUUAGUUUUAAUAAAAAAAAACCACAAAGUAGUUGUAGAUAACAAGGUAAACCGCGCGUUUUAGGCGUAAGUUGAUAAGGCUCGUAGCUUCAAGGCAAUUAUGACGACUUUGACAAUGAAUGGACUUAUGUAUUUAAAGGGAGCGUGAAGUGUGACUAUUAAAAUAAAUGUAAAUUAACCUCGCCAGACAGCGACAGUGUAACAAUUUCAAAAUGAGUAAGGAGCAGUGGGAAAACGAUGAAGAAAUUAAAAUAUUCCGUGAAUAUUUGCGCAUUCCAUCGGUGCAUCCAAAUGUGGAUUACACCCCUUGUGUGGAGUUCUUAAAGCGUCAAGCAGCGAGUCUUGAGCUGCCUGUGGAGGUUGUUUUGGCCGGAUUGAACCCGGUUGUUGUUAUAAAGUGGCUAGGCAAACAGCCUGAACUGCCAUCCAUUGUACUAAAUUCUCACAUGGAUGUUGUUCCGGUGUUCCGGGACAAGUGGACCCAUGAACCGUUUAAUGCCGAUCUGGAUGACGAAGGUCGCAUUUACGGUCGUGGAGCCCAGGAUAUGAAGAGUGUGGCAACUCAGUAUCUUGGGGCCAUUCGGUCUCUGAAAGCCAGCGGCUAUCAGCCAAAGCGAACUGUUUAUCUCACCUUUGUACCUAAUGAAGAGGCUGGCGUUGUUGCAGGAAUGUCUUAUCUGGUCAAGAGUGAUUACUUCAAGAAACUCAAUGUGGGAUUCAGCUUUGACGAAGGCAUGGCCAGCGAGGACGAGUCUUAUGCAGUGUUUUAUGCAGAGCGAACUAUAUGGCACUUAAGGCUUAAGAUCAGUGGAACUUCUGGUCAUGGUUCACUUCUUCUACACAAGACCGCUGGCCAGAAGUUCAGCUACAUUUUGGGAAAAAUCAUGGAAUUCCGUGAUACAGAAGUGAAAAGACUCAACCGUAACUCCACCAUUGACAUAGGAGAUGUCACCACCAUGAACCUAACCCAACUGAAUGGUGGAGUCCAAAGCAAUGUAGUGCCGCCAUUGCUGGAAGCUGUCUUUGAUAUUCGAAUUGCGAUAACAGUGGAUAUUGUUGAGCUCGAAAAGCAAAUUCGCGAUUGGUGCGAAGAGGCUGGCGGCGGCAUUGAGCUGGUGUUUGAGUGGAAGGAACCCUUUGUAGCUCCCACAAAGAUCGAUGCAUCGAAUCCCUACUGGCUGGCGUUUAAGCAGGCUUUAGACGAGCUAGGUGUAAAAAGCCGUCAACGCGUGUUUCCUGGCGCAACCGACAGCCGCUUCCUGCGACAAGCUGGUGUCCCGGCAUUGGGCUUCUCGCCAAUCAAUAAUACGCCCAUCUUACUGCACGACCACAACGAGUACUUGCGAGCAGACACCUAUCUGCGCGGCAUUGAAAUGUAUAAGAAACUAAUUGCUGCUGUGGCCAAUGCUUAGCACAUUUAACUUAAUUA